GCGCGGUGUCAGUCGCCGGCGCCCUGGCUGGGCUCCGCCGCCGCCGCGCGCGCCUGCCCGCCAGCGGUCCUGGGGCGGCGUUGCGCGCGACCGCGGUGGAGAUGGAGUCGAAGACUGAUCUUGCGCCGUGGGAGAUAGACGAGGAGACCGAGGAGGAGAGGCAGAACCGCUACAAGCGGGAGGCGGAGGAGAUGAAGUUCAAGUGGGACGCGCGCCGGUUAGAGGAGACCCAGUCCGCCGAGAGGCGGCGGGCCAACCACUCCGCGGAGCAGGAGCGAGCGUCCCUCUACGGACCUCGGGAUCCCAUUAUGGAGGCUUAUGAAUCCCGCGCGUAUGAGGAGGCGCGCGCCAUUGAGGUGUUCAGGAGGCAGAGGGAGGUCUACGAGCGCACGAAGGCUGCCAAGGCGGGGCAGCCCCUCCCGCCCAAGGGCACCCCGUACGUGGAGCUGCGGCCCCUCUCCCCGGAGCCCGCGAGGCCAGAGGAGUUUGACAUCUCGGGCCGCUACCGGCCAGAGGUGGACAUCGAGAACCGCAAGUAUAAGGCGCCCGCGGACUACGUGUCCCCGAUGGGCGAGCGGCCUCCUCCGAGGCACCUGCGUGGGAGCCCCAAGGCCGGCUGGGAGGUGCCGCAGUACUUCCCGGCCCCACCGAACCCUCGGCCGCCGCCGGAAUACCCGGAGCCGGGCGAGCCGGUGGCGGGCGCCGACUUCGCGCCCCCCCUGAACCCGUUCAACGACCCAG